AUGUACGGCCGCAUCCUCCUCUCCGUCCCGGCCGUCAUGCAACUCAUUGGGCCCUUCUACGCCGACUUCAGUCACACACACGUUUUCAACCCCAACUGGCCUCCCCACGCCAAGUUCCACAACGGCCAGACGAUGAGUAUGGGCGCCUGUCUCUGUUUCAUCACGCUCUAUUACACGUUCAGACCCACCGUAGAUGUGGUGCAGGAGAAGGAUUCGCUGUUCACGGCUGCGCUGAUGGCCAGCUUGUAUUGGGGGACAGGCGUGAGUGCGAUUCUUUAUCCAGGCAGUAAGGGCAUGGACCCUGAGUUUGGCGAGGGUUUUCCGCAGGCGCCUUUGUUUAUCGGAUUGGGGGUGUUGGGUUGGGUGGGGUAUGGAAUUGAGUGUUGGAGGCUGGCAUGA